CUGAAGGAAGACUAUCGACCCGGUGCUGCAUGCAGCGUGACUCUGGCCAGUCUGGCGGAUGCGGAGGUGUUGAGGAUCGGCGUACUUAUACCUUGUAAUGCCUCCCACCAUGUGGCAAGAGGUUUGAUUCUGAUUCUGGGUACCGUCAACCUCCUUCUCCUGCAAACCCCGGUCAAGGCAUCUCCUCUUUCAGCAGUACUUGACUCGUGACUCGAGCAAUACCGUCUCGUCGAAAUGCGCUCCAACGCUGGCAUCCUCGCCGUCGGCGGCCUGCUCGCCCACUCGGCCCUGGCUGCUCCCUCGGCCAAGAACUUCAUCUACAUCGUCCCGGAUGGAUUCGGCCAGGCCUCGCAGACCAUGGCCCGAGACUACGUCUCGCUGAUUCAGAACGGCGGGAACCCCAAGGCCCCCGUCAGCAUCCAGCUCGCCGCGGACAAGAUGGUCAUUGGCAAUGUCCGUACCCAGGCAAGCGAUAGCCUGAUCACCGACUCGGCCGCCUCCGCCACCGCAUUCGGCUGUGGAGUGAAGACUUACAACAAUGCCAUCGCUGUCGACCCAAACGGUGAGCCCGUCGGGUCCAUCCUCGAGGCCGCCAAGCUGAACGGCAUGCGCACCGGCUUGGUUGUCACCAGCACCAUCAAUCACGCAACUCCGGCGUGCUACAUCGCCCACGUGGCCAACCGCAACUCGUACGAGAAGAUCGCCGAGCACGAGAUCGGCUACGGCCACCCGAUGGGCCCCUCGGCCGACAUCCUCAUGGGCGGCGGCCGCUGCUACUUCAAGCCCAAGUCGGACCCCGGGUCGUGUCGCCGCGACGACGUCGACCUGCUCUCCUUCGCCGAGGAGCACGGCUACUACGUCAUGCAGAACCGGUCCGCCUUCGACACCCUCAAGGGUGGCAAGGGUGACAUCCCGCUGCCCUUCCUCGGCCUGUUCAACGACGACCAGAUGAUGUACGAGAUCGACCGCUCCCGCCAGCCCGAAGCAGAGCCCUCGCUCCUAGAGAUGGUCCAGACGGCCUUGACGGCGCUCGACCGGGCCACGAGCUGCAAGAAGAAGGGCUACUUCCUGAUGAUCGAGGCGUCGCGCAUCGACCACGCGGGCCAUGCCUCUGACCCGGCGGCGCACCUCUUCGACACCAUCAUGUACAACGACGUCAUGGGCUUCGCGCGCGAGUGGAUCGACGCCCACCCGGACACCAUGCUGAUGAGCGCCGCCGACCACGAGUGCGGCGGCCUGACCCUGCACGGCUUCAACCCGCUGCCGCUCGGCCGCGCCUCCGCCUCCACCGAGGCCCUGGCGAAGCUGUUCGGCGAGUUCAAGGGCUCCGACGCCGAGCGCCGCGCCUACUUCGUCGGGGAGAUCUUGCCGGCGUACGGGCUCGAGGGCGCCAGCGAUGCAGAGGUCAAUACCCUGCUGGCGGCGCGCAACCUCGGCACCGAGAUGGGGAACCUGCUGGCCAGCCGGGCGGGCGUACACUUUAGCACGGGCGACCACACGGCCAGCGAUGUCACGCUGUUUGGGUACGGGGCUGGUGAGAAUGGGAGGGCUAUCAGGUCUGACAUGGCCGGGAACUGGGAUAACACCCAGCUGCCUGGGUACAUUGAGAGGGUGCUCGGAGUCAAGAUGUCCGACGCCACUGCCGCCCUGCGCGCAAACGGGACGUCGUGGGUUGGGAAGCGGGAUCUGAAUGCUCGGUCUGAUGACCACAUCCACGGCCAUGGCCAUUCCCAUUAAAGGGGCUGGAAAUGGGGUGUUUGUGGAGCAUUGAUGGAGUUGGACAGGGUAAGAGAUGUGUGUAGAAGAGGAUUUGAAAAGGGAUCGCGUCUGCGUAUCCCAUAAUGUUAAUGGCAUAAGAAACGCAGUGUCUACUUGGCUCAGUAACGUGGGAUGGUUUCUCAUUUGUAACUCUGCAGCCUUUUAUUGACUUGUCUUUCUCUUGCUCUUCUAGAUUUUUAUUCAUAUAGCGUCUCCUUGCCUUGCUGUCCGUAGAUUUGCUAGAGUCACACUCUAAUAUCAUACUCGAAGUCAGGCAAGAUGAUCUCAUGCGACUCGCAAGGGAAUCGUCAGU